UCACAACAGUCUCCAACCCUUAAAUAACGUUUCCAUUUUUACUACAAUUAUUAUUACUAACUAAAUAUUAUAUUUUCUUUCUACUCUAUCGCUUAUAUUACGGCGGAAUAGUUAGCGAUUUCCCUGUCCACUUGUCAACUUCCAAAUAUGGUUUGUAACUUGAGCGUGAAGAGUAUAUUGAAACCGAGUGUAAUGACAACGCUAUUGGUUAUUUAUCUUUAAAGAAUAUUUUUACAUAAAAAUCCACCAAUAUGAUUGCAAGUUGUAAAGGGCUUACACUGCUGAAUCCUCCCAUAAUCCUCCACUGCUGAGUGUCAGUCUGAAAGUCUGACCUUAAAAUCUGGCCAAAUAAAAUAUUUAGCGUAUAUCUCAUUGACCCAGAUUUCUGUUUAUAUAUACACAUCGCGGUAAAGAAUUCGUUUGAAACGUCAACUAUUUGGUGGAAUAACUCGGAAGCUUAUAAACAAUGGUGUUCCUAGCGCGUUCAUACCAAGGACGUCUCUUCUUUAACUUACCGUGGUCUUUGAAAGCGAUUGCGCGUACUUCGACCAGAGUUGUAGCAUCACACAAAGAAGUGUUGCCAUUCUCGGCCAUUCCUGGCCCAAAAGGAACAAUUCGAAAUCUGUUGGACUACGGGAUGUCCAAAGGGACGUUCUUUGAAGUCUUGGAGAAGCGCUUUGAUAAAUACGGUCCGAUUUACAGCGAAAAACUGCUGGACACUCGUAUAGUGAGCAUUUCCGAUGUCGACGCCACGACGAACGUCUUGCGCACAGGAAAGAAAUUUCAGAUGCGACCCGGCUUCGAGGCAGUUGCCGAGAUGAUGGAGGAGACAGGCUUUGGUGUUGGGCUCGCCUCAAACGACUAUGAAAUAUGGUAUCCUGAUAGAUCACUGCUCUCGCCGAAGAUGCUGCGUCCCAAAGACGUGAAUGAGAGAUAUUCCUUGUUGAAUACUAUAGCGAACGAGUUCACAGAGCGAGCGGCACGUUGUAUUGGACCAGACGGAGUGGUGGACAACAUAGAAGAAGAACUGGACUUUUGGACCGUAGAGUCGUUCGCCGCGUUCUUGUUCAAUCACCGUCUUGGUUUCUACGACGACCCCCCGGAUCCUGAAGCAGUCGUGUUCGUGAAUUCUGCUCGUAUUAUGCUUAAUAUGAUCGGAAAGAUGCUGCACGGUGCUCCUUUUCAUAAGUACUUCAAGACCUCUACCUAUUCCGCGUUGAAGAAAAGCAUAACUGACGUAAAGACCAGUGGCUUGAACAUUUUAAAUAGAGUUUUAGCAACAAAGAAGGAGACAGUCAAUGGUCACAAACAAUCUUUGUUUGAAUUUCUUUCUGCCAACGAUAAAUCACCAGAAAGAAUGGCGUCGAUGCUUGUUGGUUUAAUGUCGGCUGGCAUCGAUGCCACCAGAACAAUAUGCAUGUGGUUGUUUUACGAUCUUGCCCGGAAUUCGGACAUCCAAGAGAGACUCUACAGCGAACUUUUGUCUUCAAUUGGCCCUGAUGGGGAGGUAUCAGCCAGCACGAUUCCUUCAUAUCUCAGAGCCGCCGUGAAGGAGUCGCUUCGCCUUUACCCGGUCGGAGGAUAUGUGGUACCUCGUGUAUUUCAUAACGAUAUUGAUGUUCUUGGAUACAAUAUUCCAGCAGGUGUGAGGAUUUAUUGUUACCAAUUUCUGCAUUCAAUCGAUGAGCGUUACUAUGGAGCGGACGCGAAACAGUUUGUACCUGAGCGAUGGAUGCGUGAUGAUGCAGGAAAGAAAAGAGAGUUCAACUCGUUCACGACGUUGCCAUUCGGUUAUGGUGUAAGAAUGUGCUUAGGUCGGAGAAUGGCCGAGGCAUUGAUUUAUACGGUAACAAGCAAGCUGCUGCUUCGCUACCGUUUAGAGUACGCCGGAGAAUGCGAGCUGAAACGAAGUCUAGUGGGAGUGACCAUGAGUCCGGAUCAGCCUGUUUUGCUUAAGCUCAUUCCUCGCGAAAAAGAGAUUUAAUAAACAAUUAUUGAAUUCGGUUUUUGUGAUAUGCAGAGUUAUUAAGGUCGAGGUAAGCGUUAUCAGCCUCGCCUUCGGCUGGGCUUACCUUGAUCUUGAUAACUCUGCAUAUCACAAAAACCGAAUUCAAUAAUUGUUUUAAUAUACAUUUGAAGAAGAGUAAACAUAGUAUUAACAAACGAAAAACCUUAUUCAAUAGAAACAUCCAAAAAUACAUCAGUUAUUAUUACAUAAAUUAAUUCAAAUGAAUACCACUUCUUAACCACCGCAGGCUCACUUGCAGAUAACUCAGUUAACUGUCAACUAUUAGCCAAUCAAAUUGCGUUUACUACUAAAAUGUAUAAUAAUUAACAAUUAUUGGAUGAGAUCGAGAAUUAUCAAGCUGAAGUUUGCGUUAUUUGCCGAAGCGAAGCUGAGGCGGAUAACGCAAAUUGAGGCUUAAUUAUUCUCGAUAUCAUGCGAAAACCGAAUUCAAUAAUUGUUUUAUUAGGUAUUUUCUUUUUAGAGAGGUAGCCUGCGCCAUUAUUGACAACAAACUAUAGCGGCAAAAAAUUACGUCACCUACGGAUAAUUUCUAAUGUCGUGUAGGUGGCAAAACAUUGAGAAUUAUCUGUAGGUUUUUAGCCAAUCACAAUCGAGAUUGCAUUAUUAAUGGAUAAUAAUAAGUGUUAUUCGUAACGUUCCUCGUUAACAGGAGAAGGGAAAUUAUUAGCAUGAUUUGGAUCAUCGUUGAUUGUGACGUUUGCACGUUGCACUGACACUUACUGAUCUAAACUUUAGAAGGAAACGGACAAUGUAGACACAUGUCUAUUUUGACUGUUAUUAUUUCCAUAUUUUUAAAUAAAUAACAUCAUAAAAAGUUACGAUUAGCUCUGCUCUUUACAUGGAGCCCGAUAGGCAGGCCGUCCUCGGGAUAUUUUACAGGGGGGGGUGUACGGUCAUCUAAACCGACUGAUCGACAAACUUGUACCGACUACACUCUGGAUGAAACUUUGUCAAGUUUAUAUUGUAUCAGUCUAUAGCGUCAAAAAUAUUUUUAUCUACCGACUAAAAUAGCAAUUUUACCGACUGAACCUCAGAAUCAACUUUCUGGAGGGUGUGUAUCCCCCUAACCCCCCUCCGUAGCUCCGAUAAGGGACACUAAAGCGACAAGAAACGGAGAGAACGAACGGUUGCUGGCAGCGACCGCUUGUCUGUUGUUGUCUGUUGAAAGAGUUUGAACGUGUCAUAUUGCGCUGGGAUUCAACACGUGGCGAUAGUACUUCGUUUAUAUCGGACGGUAGAGGUAAAAUUCUUCCUUUUCCUUGGUUGAAAUCGGUUGAAACUAGUUUAUUCAUGUAUGUAUUGUAUUGUCCUGUGCUGUUUUAAUGGCAGAAAAUAGGAUAUUCUGUAAUCUAUUAAUAUUGCGGUUUGCGGUUGUUGUUGGCAAAAAAUCAGCAUAUUUCACGUGUAGUCGGAGAAUUUGGUAGGCUGCUAGAGCCAGAGGUCGAUACGCCGGGCGUUUUUUUGGCAUUGUGCGUAAUUGUACAAUGCACAUGCCAGCACAUUUUGCUCUGAUAUAUUAUACAGACCCUCAUCGCGUUACCUACUUGUCAUCAGAAUUCCAGGGAAAUUAUACUCAUGCGUCAAACUAAGUAUUUAAUCUACUUUAGUCUCAAGUGCAGGAAGCAACAAAUUAUUUAUUGGUGUGCCAAUAAUUCUAGAUCUUGUACAAAAACCAGCAACUCAG